UAUUUUGGGAAAAUAAAAGGUAGCAAAGUAGUUAUCAUUCACACAAAUACAAAUUUAUAAAAUAAUCUAACAAAUUUAUUAGAUUAUCACACUAACCAAAACGAAACAUAUUAAAGACACACUACCAAACCUUGAGAAUAAAGCCAAGUAAAAUGGUAUUGGUAGGCCCUUAACCAAUAUUUUUAAAAAAGGGCCUUUGGAAAUGAAACCAAUCAUAAACCCAUUAUCACAUUCACUCACUACUCCUCCUCCUCUCAAGUCUCAACCACAGCCACUAACCUUUUUGUUUCCACACGUUUUCUUUUUCGCAAUUCGCAAUUCGCAAUUCGCAACCACCACCACUCCUCAAUGUCGUCUUCCACCACAACAACAACCACCGUCCACGGCGAUCCUGAACGUCGAACUUACUGGUGCCACGAAUGCGACAUGAGUCUCUCCCUCCUCUCUUCCUCCGACUCCGAUCCCGAUUCGUCUCCUCUCUUAUGUCCUCAGUGCGAUCUCGAUUUCCUCGAACGUAUGGAUCACGAGUCUUCUUCUAAUCUCUUUGACGUUACCAUCGGUGAUUUCGAAGACGGAGACGAUGAAGAUGCAGAUAACGAUGACGACGAAGAUGAAGAAGAUUGGUGUUUCGUCGACCCGACUGUUAACUCCGAUGAUAAUUUCCUCCUCGAUAGUCCUUACCUCCACCGUCUUCUCCGUCACCUCGCUUCCGAUAACUCCGGAUCUUCUUCUUCUUCUUCCUCUUCUUCCUCUUCGUUGCUGAAAUCUUCGGAUAUCGAUUCCAUUCCUACGGUUCAGAUCUCGUCUUCUAUGCUCUGUUCCACCGACGGUUCAGAUCCCGAUCCAGAUUCCGUUUUACUCUGCGCCGUUUGCAAGGAUGAUUUCGUCGUCGGGGAAUCUGCCCGGAGGUUGCCGUGCAGCCACAUAUAUCACUCUGAUUGCAUCGUUCCUUGGCUCUCGGAUCAUAACUCGUGCCCGCUUUGCCGGUUCGAGCUCCCUACGGCGGCCAAGGCUGGAAUCGGUGGUUCGGAGAGCAUCAGGCUGUCGGAUCUGGCUACGAUUGCGGCAGAUGGUGAUGACGUGGAAGACGAUUGGCUUGGGAUUAGAAACGCGCUGAGAAGACUGGCUCGUCGUCACGAGCAGAUGAGGUUGGGAGUGGGAGAGAUGGAGAGGAGUUUGGCUCGGACUGUUUCAGGUCUUGGGAUUGGUAUGAGAAGAGAAGAGCUCAUCCAAGGUGGUGAUGAGAGAAGCAACUCGACGACGACGCCAUUGUAAAAGCUGUUUUUUUUUUUGCAAAAAUCAAAUAAAAGAAACGAGUGUGUUCUUCUCUGAUUUUAUUUUUACUUAUCACAGAUCGGCUUUUUUUAAUCGAUUCUUGAUUUACAUAUUACAUAAACAAGAGUUGCUGUUUUGGGUUAAUGA